GUGGAGCAAGUACAAAGAAGUCUCCACAUCAACAUCCAGAGAAAAAACGAACAAACAGAAGAAGUGUAACUGGCCUUCUCCUCUGAAGCAACUCUCUCUAUGCUGUAUUCCUGCUGUACCCUGGCACUUCUGCAGUCAGAAUCUUUUUCUGUUCAUGUGUUAAAUUCAUAACUUUUCUGAUUGGAACUAUUUUGCCAUAUAGCAUCAUUAUUCAGACUUUAUCAAUCACCAGAAAACCUCUUCUGACUUUCCUAGGAUUGCACAGAGGAGAAAUUGGCAAGUUAGCCUGUAGCUUACAAACCAGGAGCGCCGUGGAAGUCAGUUUAAAUGAGCAGAACCUCUACUAGAUCAAGCUCCCUGGCAUUAGCAGAAAUUGGUGUGACAUCUUUCAUCAAGGAUACAUCCCUUUGGAGAGACACAGCUUUGACUCUGAAAGAGAACCGUGCUGGUAGGAUGGGGAUGGAAUCAGAAAGGCAAACGUGGGAAGUCCUGUGGGUUUUCCCUGAGAUAAAGACAGUUUAAAGCUUAAAUGGCUGAGCAUGGCAUCAUGUGCUGUGGAAUAGGCCUUUGCUUGGUUUGGUUCAGCAGUCCCAGCUGUGUUCCAUGCAAACUUCUUGUGCCACCCAGCUGCUGGGAUGGGAGCCACAGGAGAAACAGAGACAACCUUGACUCUGCGUAAGUACAGUUCAGCGGCAGCUAAACAUCAGUGUGUUUGAAGCACUUCCUUUGGUCACAAACCACAACAUCCUGCUAGCUACUAGGAAGAAAAUUAACUCGGUCCCAGCUAAAAAAGUAGAGUGUGAAAGCAAAAAAGUUGAAAUAACAGUCUUUUACAUGUCACACAGUUUUUAUUUUUCCCAGUUUGUUUGAUUUUUCAAUGGACACAAAGUUGAAAUGUUUACAAUAGGAGGAGUUUGAUUUAGGGAUUGUAAUGGAGAUUAUACACAGCAGAUUAUAAUGGAGAAGUUUCUGAGUGUAUACAGGAAAUUGUGUGGUUUGUCAGUUAUUUUGUCAGCACAAAAUAAGUACAGCGACUGUAUAUUAUUCUGGCUUACUGUCUUCGUAUUUAGAAAAGAAAUAGACAGUUUUAGGUUUUUUAGAAUAGUAUUUUAUUAGUGGAAAAAUACUGCCUUCAGUUUAAUCCUUCAAACAAGAUGCUUCUGGAUUUUAUAAGAGAGGAAGGGCACUGGUGUGUCAAAGAAUCUUUCUGAAAAGAGUAAGCUAUCAAAAGAUUAGCAACAGGCAACAGAAAAAGAUGGUUAAUGAUUGUUAAUAUUUGGAAUUCUUAUUUAGGCACCACUGAUGUGUGGUUUUGCUUUUGACAAAAAUCAUUAACUAAAGGAUAGAGAAUAACAUUUUUUAAAAAUGCUAAGUUUUGUAAGGCUGUUCUUGUAGUGGGGAGUUUUUAGGUAGACUCUGGAUAAACAAGGAUUAGGUUGUUUAUUGUUCUUAUACUGCUGAAGCUAAUACUUCAUAUUAGCAACUGAAACUCUGCAGUCACCUUUUGUCAGUUGCCCUCUAUCCUUGCUCUAGACUGGGAGAUAAAGUAAUAAGAUGAGAGUUAUGAAAAACCUAAUGCAAUGUAGACAUUGUCAAGAUACUGAAAUGAGCAGCAUAAAAAGUCUUCAGCGGUCUCCAUGCGAACAAAACAAGUUAUGAAGGACGGCCACAAUGCAGAGAGCACGUGAAGGAGAUUAAUUAUUACCCAAGAAUGACUCUUGAACUAAAUUAGUGAUUGUUAUCAGCUUUUAGUAAGGACAGUGCUAGUUGUGGAGGGUUUUAGAAAGAUGUUGGAAAAAAACAAGUAGAAAGUAGAAUUUGGACAACAAAGGUAAAAACAACAUCUGAUUUGAAGGUGAUACAAAAAAAUUCCAUUUCAAAAUUCUAAAAAGACAUGCUAUUGGAAGAACCUAUAAUGGGAGAUUAGUAAAUGUGAGCAUAGUGGUACAAUGUGACUAAAGCAUGAGUGAUUCCUUGGUUUAGGAUGGGGGAAUAAAAAGAUUAUUUAAAUAUAUGAGAGUUUGUAAGUUCAUUCUUGGUCCCAUAUAAGAUUUUAGAGUAAAUUUUAGGACUGUGACCAAUGAAGUAAGGAGAUACGUCAUUAAUUUGAGCAGCUCAAUGUAGUGAAAGAUGUCUUACCUACAGCAAGGGAAUUGGAACUAGAUGAUGCUUAAAAGUCCUGUCCAACCCAAGCUGCUGCACGAUUCUCAGCAUGACAAGAGCUCUUUAUUAUGGCCUUGCUGCAGAAGAAAACACGUUGUGUAACUGCACUUGCUUGACUCACUGGGCAGAUGUAUUAAUUCUUGGUUGAUGACAAGCUCAGAUGUAUCUGCGCAAUAUGUUGCAUCUCCGAAAAAUGUAACUCCUGGCAUGCAUUAAGAAAGAAAAUUUCCAACGAUGAGGGCUUGUUACUUGCCACUUACAAGUGGAUAAGGUACAGACAUUUCUGGUCUCCUGUGCUAGAGAGUAAUGGAAGCUGGGCCAAGUGCACAGAAACGAUUGGUGAAGGAAGACUUCCUUAUGACAUGGUUUUACCUUUCCUUUAACUGCUUUGUCGAAUAAAAAGGUAACAAAUAGGAAGAUGAGGAGGUGAUAUUACUGCAGUCUGUCAGGGUACUGGGGAGGAAGAAAGCCUGUUUACAGUUAAGAGGAAUACUGCAAAGUAGCCAUUGAUACCAUUAGCUAAAUUUAGUAUUAAAGCAAAUCUGCAUAAAUAGUGUCAUCUUUACUUGCAUAUCAAUUGGAAUUAAAAAAUACAAAAUCGAAAUGAAGUGUUACUAUAAAAUAAACUCAUUUAAAUAUUCUGAAAGCAUACUUUUAAAGUUAAAACUUGCCAUUUUACCUUCCCUAUAGUGAGGAAAUAUAAAUGUAGUGUUCUUAAUUACACUGACUUCAUGUAUUUUAUGGCUACAUAUUUGUGCUGUUUAUCUCAAGAGAGCAAAAUUAAUGAGUCCUUUUGGGGAAACCAUGAAUUUCACUUAUCAAAUAAUUAAAUACUUCUUGUCUUUAAGAUUUGGUGUUCUCAUGCUUUUCUUUGAGCUCUUGAUUUUGCUCUUUUUCUCAGCUUCUAGAAAUCACUGUUGUUUCAACACUCUCUCACAGUUCCUAAUCAGAACCUGUAUCUAUGUGUUCUAAAGUGGCAUUCAUGAAAAAUGUUUGAUUUGCUUCAACAACUCUGUACUCAUUUGUAAUUUAAAUUAUGUUCUUGCAACACAACUGUGUGCUUUGCUCAACAGAAGGAAAACUUGUUUUUCUGGUAGGUGUGGCUGCUGUUACUGACAUUAAAAGAGCAACAGCUAUACAAAAUAAAAUGUGCCAGGAAGGGUCUUAGGUAUUGUACUAUUUUUUUUUUCUCUCAGUGUUGUUGUGUAGUGGACAAUUAUUGCAAUUUUCCUUAAAAGAAUUUAAGUUUUUAUCUGUUUAAAAUAAGCAAUUAGUAGAUUAUUUUAGCAAAAUAACUUAGCAAAAGAUGGAGGACUGAACAGAAUUUCACUUGGCUAUCUGCUUUAAAAAAUAUUUUUCCUUUCCAGUGUUGGCUGUUCGAAACGCAAUUGAAAAUAUAUACUUUUUUCUUGUUAGUUAUUUAUUGCUAGCAAAAGGAGAAGAAACAACAGGUGGUAAAUUUGUUAUUUACUGUUGACAUGGUUUGAUAUUUCUUUAAUUAAAAAUUACGUAUUCUGUAAGACAGAACAAUAUUUUAGUCGUAAAUAGAUAAAACCGUGGGGAAGAAUGUUAAGCGUAACCUUCUCUAUGUUGUAAGAGUGCUAAAAUAUAUAACAUCCUUGGAAUAAGAAUGUUUGGGGGAAACUCAUACUUCAGAAUGUUUCAUAAAAAGACUUAAAAAGUUUGAGUCGUUUUCAGUCACAAAUCUCCAGCUGGAUGUUGUAUGGCAAUAGCAGACUUUUACCAUGUAUUUGCCAUUCUGCUCUCAAUUUUAAGGACUUAUGGGGCAGACUUUCCAUUUCAGAGAUAGACGAGUCAAUACUUUCUGUUGCUCCUUUUCUGCUUUGUGCCUCAUCUGAUGUAGUGAGAUUUUUGGUGCCCCUAUGAUUAGUCUUGUCUGAAAAGCAAUUUCUUGGUAGCUAGCAAAGGCUGCUGUAAAUCACAUCAGCCUUGGCAUGUGGGACAUUUUCAGGGAUGCAUUGUGACUGUGGUUCUCCCUAGUUCACUUUUUCAUGAAAAAACAAUUGUGAAAAUACUAUAUAUUAUUUUGAAUGCACAGGCAAUUACUUUUCUCCUGCUAGAAACAUUUUUGUCAUCUUGUGCAAUAGCAUCAGUUCAUUCCAUGUCGGCAUUUUACUCCGCACUUCCUGCUGGCAGUUGGGGAAACUCUCUUCUACCAAUCCAGUUCUCUGAUCUGACAUUAAUUUAAUUAAUCUAGGACACUUUUUUUCCCAAUAAUCUCUGUGGUACAAGCAGGCCUUUGAGGAGACUUGCUGUCACUUUUCUAUAUAUGGAUCAUAUCUGAAUAACUGAAGAUGAAUUUGUAGAGAAAAUUUAUCUAGGCUCCAUUUGCAGAAAUUAGUGCUUGAGAAUGCCAUAAAAUACCACUCAGGCAUUAACACUUGCUAGCACAAGUGCUGCUGAAGACUUCAGUCAUCCAGGCACUCAGGACUGCCUGGCUGUUCCUGCAGCAGCAAGAGUUUUAAGCCCAAACUCCCAAAUGGUGCCAGGAGCUGAGCCAGCAUUAGUGCAGUGUGAGGAGACCCAGAUCUCUAGUAGAUCUAAUAGGAGAUGAGCUGCAGCUCCUGCCUUGCGCAGGGCUAUGUAGAGUGGCUGAGACUGACUUUUAUUCCUGCACAGAUUCCACCUGCCUUCUGCUGGACUGUAUGAAUUGACUUUCUUCUGUGUGUAAGGUCUCAUCUGUGGUGAUCUGCAAGUUAGGGAAUUCAUAAAUUAGUGAUUUUAUCUGGACUGUCACAUGUAAUCCCCUAUUAGCAUGUUUAUUAUCAACUUGAUUAAUUCUGUAUACAUUUAAUUUAUCUGCCUCUAGCUUGUCUGUGAGAAAUCUGGUAGUUUGGUUUUUUAAAUGUAAUUUACAUACACACUGUGUAGGUGGAAAAAAAAGCAAAGCUUUGCUUUGCUUUAAAAACUACUGCCUAGUUAUUAAAUCGGAUAUUCUAAAAUAUGAAUUAUUGAAAAUAAAAUACUCCUUGUAUUGCUGUAUAUAGACCUCUGUUAUAUUAUUCUACAGAACCCUCCAUGUACAGAAAGUGCUCCACACAUCUGACAAAUAGAGGCAUUCAGAGUGUGACAUACAGUAUUGUACAUAUCAUUAAAGGUGUGUUCUGUGACUGGUGUUUCAUAAAAGUACAGUAGCUGGGUAUUUGAGUAACUCAGUGCCCCAUGACAGAGAUUUACCCCCAUCUUGUUUGUAAAAUUCUUGAGCAAUGAUCAUGGGUCAGUAUUAUCUCAUACUAUGUCUUUUCUCUUCUGCAGAUACAACAGCAUAAAGUACAAGAACAAAGAAAUUUGCAUGCACAUUUAGAUACGUACAAUAUGUUGUGUGCUGGGAAAAAAUCUUACUUUGCUGCUGCUGUGUGCAUUAUUACUGUAACUUCAGUGCUUACAGCUUCUUAUCUGAGGUUACAGAGACUUUCUCAUCAGCCAAAAAUAAUUCAAGAAGGUAGAAGAUGUAGAGGGAAAAUUGCCAAUAGCACAAUAACAGCAUUAAAAGGUAAUAAAACUUUUAUUAUAUCCCCAUACUUUGAUGACAGAGAAAGCAAAGUCACUCGUCUGAUUGGGAUUGUUCACCAUGAAGAUGUAAAACAACUGUAUUGCUGGUUCUGCUGUCAGCCCAAUGGAAAGAUAUAUGUAUCAAAAGCAAAAAUUGAUGUUCACUCAGAUAGAUUUGGAUUCCCUUAUGGUGCAGCAGAUAUAGUUUGUUUGGAACCUGAAAAUUGUGAUCCAACACAUGUAUCAAUUCAUCAGUUUCCAUAUGGAAAUAUUGACCAGCUGCCAAGGUUUGAAAUUAAAAACCGCAAGGCUGAGACCUUUUCUGUUGACUUCACCGUGUGCAUUUCUGCCAUGUUUGGAAACUACAACAAUGUCUUGCAGUUUAUACAGAGUAUGGAAAUGUACAAGAUUCUUGGAGUACAGAAAGUGAUGAUCUAUAAGAACAACUGCAGCCAUCUGAUGGAGAAAGUCUUGAAGUUUUAUAUAGAAGAAGGAACUGUUGAGAUAAUUCCCUGGCCAAUAAACGCACACCUCAGGGUUUCUUCUGAAUGGCACUUCAUGCAAGAUGGAAUGCACAUUGGCUACUAUGGACAAAUCACAGCUUUAAAUGACUGUAUAUACCGUAACAUGGGAAGGAGCAAGUUUGUGGUCCUUAAUGAUGCUGAUGAAAUAAUUCUUCCCCUUAAACACCCAAACUGGAAAACAAUGAUGAACAGUCUUCAGGAACAAAACCCAGGGACUAGUGUUUUCCUCUUUGAGAACCAUAUCUUCCCAGAAACUGUAUCUUCUCCCAUGUUCAACAUUUCAUCUUGGAAUACUGUGCCAGGUGUUAACAUAUUACAGCAUGUAUACAGAGAACCUGACAGGAAAAAUGUAAUCAAUCCCAGGAAAAUGAUAGUUGAUCCACGAAAGGUGAUUCAGACUUCAGUCCAUUCUGUCCUACAGGCUUAUGGGAACAGUGUGAAUGUUCCCAUGGAUGUUGCCCUCAUUUACCACUGUCGGAAGGCCCUUCAAGGAGAUCUUCCCAGAGAAUCUCUCAUCAGGGAUACAAUGCUGUGGAGAUAUAACUCAUCAUUAAUCAUGAAUGUUAACAAGGUGCUAUCUCAAACCAUGCUGCGACCUCAGAAGUGAAGCCUCGGUUUUAAGAAGUGAAAGUGGAGUGCUCCCCUCUAUUGUGGGAAGAGGAUAUAAUUUAAAGAUCACAUGAAAUUGAUUUCCACAUGGAGUUUACAUUUUGCUGCAAUUAUUUAGGGAAUUUAUAGCAAAAUCACGAAUCAUUUAAUGAUAUCAAGGGACAAUGCAGAUUGCAGUAUUUCUUCUGGGAAAUGUACAAUUUGUUUUCAGUUAAAACAAUAAUAAAAAUCAGCAUUUGUCAACUGAUUCAAAUAAUGCAAAACAAUUUUCAACCUAUAUACAAAAAGUACAAAUACAGUCACUAAUAUUAAAGGUAGCAUUGCUUAAUUCUUGUAGUUUGUAUGUCACUGGGUACCAAGGUAGACAAGUAAUUGAGCACAAUCUUCCUUCCAGUUGUAAAACAUUACCCCUUAUGUUCUUCGAAAUAGCGUAUGUUAAAGAUGUGAUGGAUUCUAAUACUAAACACAGCCGUUGGAGAUUUGCUGAUAAAAAAUGUCUUGUUCAGCUGGGCUUUAGAGACGUAAGUUUGAGAAGAGUGAUCUGAAUCACUGAAGUGGUAAGUGCAGAGUUGUGUUGGAAAGCUUUAAUAGAGGCAAGGGAUACAGAUUGAUCUUAAAGAAAAAGAUACUUCUGUGAACUGAAAAGAACCUAUUUCAAGGAGAUAAAAAUAGAUGGCCAAAUAACUUUUAUGAAGUGUAAUAGUUUGUUUGGGUUAUUUUCUAGCCUUUUGAAGCCUUGUAGGAAAAUGUUUCAUGAAAUUUAGACACAAGUUGGAUUUUAGUCCUUUAUGUGAUGGGUAAGUAGAAUUCUUGGUAGGUGUAAGGGUACAGAAGCUGCAUUUUUUCCAACAUCUGUGGAAAUAGUGGUAAGUAAUGACUUUUGCUGAAGGGUCAGAUGGAAACAAAAGCAAACAUAAAAACCAUUUGCUCACUUCUGUUUCACAGUUUUAGUUUCACAAUUUCAGUUGCUGUUUGAUAAGCUCCCAGAACUACAUGCAUUGCCUAUGUUGUGCCAAUAUAUUAGAACCUUCCUACUGCAGGCAUAUCUGAAGGCAGCGAUAGCCUGGCACUUUAGUGUCUGACAGGGAGAAGUGUGUGUGAGAGCCAGUAUGCUUUUUAAAAUUUCUACAUUAGUGUCAUGCUAUCAUUCCUUUACCUACUUGGUAAUGGCACAUGCCUGUGCCCUUAAAGAGCUCUGUCAUUAGUGGAUGAUUAUCAUUAGCAGAUGUCCAAAGGGAACUUUGCUUCACCGUGACUGCAGCAUCUCCCAGUCUGUAUCAACGAACUCACAGCUGUAUCACUAUCUGAGAUGCCUGCUGCUGUCAGUUGGACAAUCCUGUGUGGCAGCAGGUCCAUUUAGAAUUUCAGACUCGUUGUUUAGAAGGGGCAUCUGAAAGGCCCAACUCCCUGCUUAUAGCAUGGCGUGCUCAGGACUUCAUCUGGGGAGGCUGGGCAGCCGGUUUCAGUCUUAAACUAAUCUCACUGUGGAGAAUUUCUCUUGUUACAAGAACCAUUAACCGUUGUCUUGCUGCAAGAUGCCGAACUGAGUCUGACACUGUUUUCUUUAGAGCUUACCAGUUAGCUUGAGCCAGUAGCAGCAGUGCCUCCCCAUUCCAUGCCCACCCCCUUCCCUUUCCCCACCAUUCUUUUUGCAAGGCUCAGCUUGGCUCUCAGUUUCUCAGCCAUCUUGCACUCCACCUCUCUUGUGGACUCUUCAUGAUCAAGGUCACUAAUAAGAAGUAGUUGCCCAAGUUUUCCUGUUUGGAUGAUUUUAAACAAGGACAUUUCUGGCAUGCCUCUGUUUAAUCUUUCAAAGUUAAUGCAGUGCCAUGUAGGUGGCUCCUUCAGAAGACACUGAGUUCUGCACACAUCAUAAUGAUACUGUUAUGUUACCUCCUGCAUUAAGAAUUAUGAGAACUGGCUUUGUAUACAAGUUAUUGAAAAAUUUUUUUCUUGGAAGCUUUUCUCACUUUGGAGUGAGACAACAAAAGCUCACUUUUGUGAGCACAUUUAUGCCCCACACAGUGCAGUUUGAAUUGAGAGUUGUGAAUUUGGCUUCCAGAUGCUAGAAUCCUUGAGUACAGACAACAUUUUUCAAAGUAAAUUGGUGUGAGUAAAGGUGGAAAAACUGAGUGCUUAAGAGUCUGCCCUUGUAUUUAUACAAGAGACUGCUCUACUGUGACUUCAUGCAACCCCUAUGGCAUUACUCAAAUACUGAUUCUUGCAUGUGGACACUCCCCUUCAUUGGCGUAAUUCAUACCACAUAUAUUUGGGAAUCUUUGCCUUCAUUCAGUAUUAAGUAUGAAAUCAGGUCUCCUUAAAUAGUGAGAAGAAAAAAAAUCACAAAAAAAAAUUGACAUUAUGGUGAGAGGGAGGAAGGAAGCAAGAUCAAUCUAAAGCAUUUCUAAAGCAUGUGAUGUUGUAGAUCCAGCUUUUAAGUACAUGUCAAAUAGCACAUAAGUAUGUGGACAAGUAUUUGUUAAAGGACUCAUUUGAUUCUUCUGAUUCAAAGGCUAUUUAAAGCUAUCAUAUGGAACAACAUUUUUAAGAGAAAGAUUCUGGAGAGAGAAAGGGUUUGCUAUUUUCUCAUUUUUGUUAAGUGGCCAUGCACUGUAACCAGUAUUUGCUGUUAAAUUUAUAAAAGCCUAUGGUUCUAAAAUAGUAGCUUCACCUUCUGUUUCAGCAACAAAAAACAGGUCAGAAGUCAGGUCAAGCACAACUUAAUUUCAGACUUGAUAGCAGAUUUGAAUGGUUUAAACAUUACAAGCUAUACUUCAGAGCCCAAAUAGUUAUAUUUAAACAUGAAUAUAGACAAAAAUUUGUGGUGAAUACUGUUAGCAUGCUGCAUUGCAUUAUGUCCAAAACAACCCGUUCCCAAUGCCAAAAUAAAUGAUUGUGCAUUGCA